GUUAUCCGCGGCGGUAGAACAAUGUCCAGUCUGGCUGCUGCAAGCUGCGAGUCGGCUCCCGCGACCUCCGACGCGCAGGAGAAGAAGCCGCUGAAGGCAUGCUGCGCCUGUCCAGAGACCAAGAAGGCCCGGGACACCUGCAUCAUUGAGAAGGGUGAAGAGCACUGCCAGGGUCUGAUCGACGCGCACAAGGAGUGUAUGAGGGCGCUGGGGUUCAAGGUGUGACCUCGUCAUUGCAAUGGAGUGUUUGGGUGCUUCCUGUGUGCUUUGGGCUUCUAACUUAUUUCUUAACCUGUGAGAGUGGAAUGUGAGCGUCGUGGAGAGGAGGAACGUCUUGGU